CUUUCCCCACUGUGUUUCUGUGUGCACUUGAAAGGUCCAUCUCCAUCCUACCGUAAGGCGUCCAUAGAAUAUAGUUAAGUCCCGCAACUAGAUACGUGAGCGCCAUGUCAUUUGAUUUCGAAGGCGCCGUGGCGCCGGCUCUGAAUGCCACAAGCGGUGUACCACCGCCCUACAUGCCCAACUACCUUGAGCGGAAGUGGCUGGAGACGUUCGACAACACCGAGUACGCAGGGAUGAAACUUGCCCUCGCACUCCUCCUAUGGCACGAAUUUGUAUUCUUCGGCAGGUUUUUGCCCUACUACAUCAUGGAUCAGAUUCCAUACUUCCAGAAAUAUAAGAUCCAGGAUGCCAAACCGAAUACACCAGAGAUGUACCGUAAAUGUGUGAUAAGCGUGAUCAAAUCUCAGCUCUUUGUGCAAGGGCCGCUGCUCCUGCUUUUCCACCGUUCGGCAACAUGGCUAGGCAUGAAGUUCUUGGAGGUCCCGUUUCCUUCAUGGACGACCAUCGCUCUCUCCUGCCUCUUCUGCCUCGUCAUGGAGGAUACAUACCACUACUUCGUCCACCGUCUUGGUCACCACCCCGCCCUCUACAAGCACGUCCAUAAAGUCCACCACGAAUUUUCAGCACCCUUCGGUAUUGCCGCCGAGCACGCCCACCCUAUUGAGGUGCUGGUUCUGGGACAAGGUUUCUUCAUUGGGCCGGUGUUGCUGUUGUUGAUGGGCGUGGACAUGCACGUUAUCACCAUGUUUGCAUGGCUAGCGCUGAGAUUAGUCGAGACGGUGGAUGUGCAUGCCGGAUAUGAUUUUCCAUGGUCAUUCCACAAGUUCAUCCCAUUCUGGGGCGGCGCCGAAUUCCACGACUACCACCACAUGGCGUUCGUAGGCAAUUACUCUUCAUCGUUCCGGUACUGGGACUGGUUAUUUGGUACCGACCAGGCUUUCGAGACCUGGAAGGCAAAGCAGGCCAACAAGAAGGUCGCUGCUGGGGAAACACCCCGUGCCGGUGUCCCAGUCACGAAAGAGGACUAGGUUUAGUAUCAUGGGACCGUGAGGGGCACCCUACCCUGGUCCUCAGCCGUACUUUGUGUUGUAGAUCAUAUGUGAAUUUCUAUAUGGAUAAUGAACGCUUUUCGAAAACGGAGUAUCGCAGCCGGGAGCAGAC